CAAAGCCCUGAAGCCUCUCUCAGCCACAUGGAAAGAGACGCCCCACAGAAGCCCCUCGGAUGGAUGGAAGGAAGAGAGGAAGGAAAGCAGGCGCGCCGCAUCCCUCCUCCUCUUGCUGCUCCUGCUGCUGCCGCCUCUCCUGGACCAAGCGCUGCCCCCUCCCGCCUUCAGUCGCCUUCUCCCUUUCAGUCACUCCUUUGGGUUUGACUGUGGCUGGCGGAGGGGAGGGGAAGGGGAAGGGGUGACCCUUUCCUUUCUCCCCUUCCGCGGGAUCGGGCUCUGGGCGUUAACAAAGGCGGAUAAAAGGGCGAGAGCAAGGGAGCCGGCAGAGGGGCCGCCGCCGCUUCCCUGGGCCGCAUCCAUCCAGGCGGAGAAGCAGGCAGAGAGCAACAGCCAGGCGCAGCUCCGGGGAGUCCAACUUCCAGACUGAAGUUGAUCUCUCCAACCUGAUGCAUCAUCAUACAUUAUGGUUCAUGUCAGCUCAUUUCGAAAAUGUGUAUACAUUCUCCUGGCAUGUAUUUUGGUUUUUACUAUUUGUUUAUGGAAGGAAACACGGAGAGGUGUCAUUUUUUCUCUGAGGUUAGACGGGCGAUCGGACCAUAUGCCGUGGAAGAUGUGGAGAUGGGGCACCUCAAAAGAAGAAAUAGUCCAAGGAGUAGCUGCCAAUGGCACCGACAAAGUCCCUUUGUCUACCAAAUCAUCAAACAUUAAAAUUAACCUCUCUACAAAAGUGAUAAGAAGCAAUUUAGUGAUGAAAACCAAGGAUUUCUACAAUGCCCUCAAAGUAUGGAACAAAGACAGUUCAUCCCAAAACCUCCAUCCCAGGUUGCAGAAAGCAAGGGAAAACUACUUGAAAAUCAAUAAGUAUAGGGUGAAGUAUGUGGGACCAAAGUAUGCUCAUAAAGUCAGACCCGAGGAACUGUUAUGCCAGCUUCGGAAACGAUUGGACUUCAGGAUGAUAACUGCUGCAGAUAGUCCCUUCAAUACAUCAGAAUGGGAGCCAUAUGUACCAAAGGGAAAUAUCAGCAUAAAACUGGGCCGAUGUGCUGUCGUGUCUUCAGCAGGAUCCAUGAAGUCAUCCCAGUUAGGGAUGGUUAUAGAUAGUCAUGAUGCUGUGUUGCGGUUUAAUGGGGCCCCUGUCAGAGGAUUUCAUUUUGACGUAGGAGAGAAAACCACUAUUCGCCUUGUAAAUUCCCAGCUUAUUACUGUUGAAGAAAAAAGGUUUCUUACAGACCCACAGUAUAACUUGGGAACCUUAAUUUUAUGGGAUCCAGCACCUUACCACUCAAGCAUUGAAGAGUGGUAUAAAAAGCCAGACUACAAUUUUUAUGGAAGCUUCAAGAACUAUCGGAAAAAGUAUCCAAAACAACCCUUUUAUAUCCUGAAUCCGCACCUUCAGUGGCAGCUCUGGGAUAUCAUUCAAGAAAACUCCCCAGAAGAUAUUCAGCCAAAUCCACCAUCUUCAGGAAUGCUUGGUAUUGUUCUCAUGAUGAAUUUCUGUGACGAAGUGGAUGUUUAUGAGUAUCUCCCUUCCAAAAGGCAAACAAACAUCUGUCAUUAUUACCAGAUGAUCUUUGACCAAGCUUGCACUAUGGGUGCCUAUCACCCACUCCUCUUUGAGAAAAAUAUCAUCAAGCACCUUAAUAAAGGCAAAGAUGAAGACAUUUACAAUUAUGGAAAAGUGACUCUUCCCGGCCUAAGGAAUGUACAGUGUUAGAAACAUAAUUCUCACAUUCUUCAGUCUAAAGGCACUUUUAAAACUUUUUUUUAAAAUGAAGGACCAGCUAAUACAUGGACCGAUGUGUGACAGUGAACAACGCCUUAAUUCAUGACUGCAAAAUACAUCAAAGAUGUAGACAAUUUAAUCUCACCUUCAUGAUUGUAGCCAUAGAGCAAAUAACAUGACCUGUGAUGCAGACAUGGUUCUCAGAGGUGCAUAGAAUAAUCCUUCUGUUUGCGGUCUUUAAAAAAGCCUCUAAUAUAUUUAGGCUACUAUGUAGAAAAUUUAAUCUCACCUUCAUGAUUGUAGCCAUCGAGCAAAUAACAUGACCUGUGAUGCAGAACAUGGUUCUCAGAGGUGCAUAGAACCUCUAUCUGCGGUCUUUAAAAAAAGCCUCUAAUAUAUUUAGGCAACUUCUACUUUAAUGUGGAAAAUUGGACUUAACAAUGUUGAGAAGCAAAAUAAUUUUCCAUUCCUCUGCCACCAAAUACGCCAGCAACAUCUACAGUCAAGCCUUCUGGAUGGAAUCUUACAACAUGAACUUUAGUUUGAACAUCAUGCUUUUUAAAAAUUACCAAUGUUACUUCCAUGAAUACUCAAUCUUACAUUGCCAUCUUGGAUUCUGCUCUGGGAGAAAAGAAGGAUGUAGAAUCAAUCAGUCAAUCAAUCAAGAAAUCAGGCAAUUAAAUUUCCACCAAAAUGACUUUUCUGAAUGUACAAUUAAGUAUUUCGGAAAAUGGAAUUCCAGUGAGAAAAAAUAUGGUAAUUCCAUAAAGUUUAAAAACUAACAAACCUGCUUUUUGGUUGUGUGUCAUCUUAACUCUGGUUGUUUCUUGGUUCCUAUGUUUCUAACUAGAAAUUCUUAGCAUAUAAUGGAUUUUAGAUACAACAUCCAUUAAAAAGCCCAUGGUACUGUUAAAGGUGUAAAAUUCCCAUAAAGUUUCAAGUUGUGGGAAAUACUUACCCUUCCCUCUUGUAUGGAAAAAAAUGAAAAUGAAUGUGAUACCCUUUACAGCAUGGGGUGAGAACCUAAGAACUGGAUGUAGCCCUUUGGAUCCCCAGGUAUAGCCUAUCUAUUGACUUUUGGUCAAUGUGUAAAAUGAAUGAUUAAUUUGUCUCUGUAGAAGCCAGAAAUUCUCAAACCACCAGAAAUUGUGGUGGUUGCUUCCUCUAGGUCUCCUGAACCCCCAAAUCCAUUCCCUCAAAAUGGCAAAACCCACACCAAAACAGCGGUCAGAAUUCACAUUGCACUUCUUUGGUGUGCUAAAACAUGCUUGUGUUGAAUCUUUGGGGAGGGGAUGAAAAUCACUUUGUUAUUUUAAGAACACAUAAUAGGUACUAUGUGUAAUAUGAAACAAUUGUACAAUUUUGUUUGUUAUAAAAUUAUAAUGUUUAGUAACUUAAAAGUACAGGUUAGAAAUUGAAUUCCCUGUUUAAAAUGUUUAAAUAAUUUGUUACAAAUUCAGCUUACAAUGAGCAGGCAAAAGAAAUGAAAACAGAAGAAACUACCAACAAUAGUGAAACAAAAAUAUGUUGCCUACUCUAAUCUUCCAUAAGGUCAAAGGCAUAAAGCGUUUGUUCCCAUAAAAAAGAACUGACAAGAAAAUACCAAGAAUUGUAUACCAGGAAUUGUAACGAUCGCCUACUAGAUAUUGUUUUAUCUAAAAGUCUUCCUGUAAUAUAUUUUUUGAAAUAAUUUUGUGGUACUAAAUAUAUGAACACUUUGUCUUAAACUUUUUAAAAUCCGAAAGAAA